UUGGAUCCCUCACCCCAUUAAAGAAUCUUCUUCUCCCAACUUGCUAAGAGAGAAGAAGUCUCUCUCUCUCUCUCUCUCUCUCAAAGUGUGUGUAUGGUGUGGAUGAGAGAGAGAGAUACUACUAAUCCUUUAGCAGCACUCCUCUUGAGAUUCGUAGCACUCCUUUUCAUGGCGCUGCUAACUUUCCUGCCAGAGCAAUCUCAGGAGCAGAAGAAACAUGCUCCCAACUCCAACUCGAAGCGCAAGAAGAAGAAGCAGCCGCCGCCGGCGAAACCGCCGUCAUCGUGGGACCAGUUCAAGAACCUACUAACCUGCAAGCAAAUCGUGGACUCCAAAAUCCACGAUCCCUCCAAACACAACAGCAAUAUCUACUCAUCCUGCUCCUCCAUUUGUACCUUCAGAGACGCCAACACCAGAGUUGUACACCGCGCCGAUAACUCGCCCGACGGCAGCACCGCCGGCCAGGAAACCAGGCUCCUCACCAAAAAGACCACCCACGGAUCGUCCGCGCGCUCGGCUAACUCCGCCUCCGCCGCGAGAUCCGCCACCCGCGGCAUCCAGCUCAGGAAGCUCUCCGGCUGUUACGAGUGUCAUGCCAUUGUUGAUCCCACCAGGUAUCCGUUGCCAAGAACAACUAUAUGUGCUUGCUCCGAAUGUGGAGAGGUUUUCCCCAAAAUUGAGAGUUUGGAACAUCAUCAAGCAGUGAGGCAUGCAGUGUCAGAGCUAGGGCCGGAGGAUUCAAGCCGCAACAUAGUGGAAAUAAUCUUCAAAUCAAGCUGGCUGAAGAAAGACAAUCCCAUCUGCAAGAUCGACCGCAUCCUCAAAGUCCACAACACGCAGCGCACCAUCCAGCGAUUCGAGGACUACCGCGACGCCGUCAAGAUACGCGCCACCGCCAACGCCGCCAAGCGCAGCGCCCGCUGCGCCGCCGACGGCAACGAGCUGCUCCGCUUCCACUGCGCCACCCUCACCUGCUCCCUCGGCGCCCGCGGCGCCUCCUCCCUCUGCGGCUCCAUUCCCGCCUGCGGCGUCUGCACCGUCAUCCGCCACGGCUUCCAGGGCGCCAAGGCCACCGGCAUCCGCACCACCGCCAGCAGCGGCCGCGCCCACGACUGCCUCGCCGCCCCCGCCGCCCGGCGCGCCAUGCUCGUCUGCCGCGUCAUCGCCGGGAGGGUGAAGCGCGGGCCCGAGGACGCCGACGACGGGGCGGCGGCCGGGUCGUAUGACUCCGUGGCCGGGCACGCCGGAGUUUACUCAAAUAUGGAGGAGUUGCAUGUGUUUAGUUCGAGGGCCAUUUUGCCUUGCUUUGUGGUGAUCUACAAAGCUCUCGAAUGCUAGCUCAUUUUUAAUUUUUGCAAAUUUUAACCCUUUUCUUUUUUUGUCUGCUCUCGAAUCUUCUCUUACACGUUUUGUUGCAUCUCUUAUUUCUAUAUUACUCGUACAAAUCGUGUAUAUAGGUUAGAAUAAGUAUAUAUACAAGAUUUGUAUGAGUAAUGUUAAGCACAUAAGAUGAAACAGAAUUUGUAACACAUAAAUUGAUGAAAGAAAGGGUUUUAAUUAAUUACUAGUUGUAUUUUCAAGUAUAUCUUGUACUUGUAGUGUGGUAGUUGGUGGAAUCAAGUCACGUAACUAAAAGCUGAUCUAUUUCUGUUUUGUAUGUACAGUUUUUUUUAUUGUUUUCAGUGCCAUGUUGUUUAUUCA